AUGAGUCGGGUAACCCAGUCGGCUCUUUCUGCAUCCCUUGCGACGGGAAGGUGCGGUCGGCUGUGGGCAAGGUCGUCAGUUCGCCAGAUGAUGCAGCUCACAUGAUUCGGGAGAGCGCCUCGCUCAAGGAGGGGAUCAAAAAGGCGCACGAGGUGCAGAACUUGGACCCCGUUGAUCGCGGCUUCCCCGCGGCAGGGGUCAACGAGGAGAAGUAUAGGAACAUUGUUAUAUAUCGGGAGGUGUUGGGGUUGAACGCGAAAGAGGUCAAGGAUCUUACAGGCUGCACCCCCACCUUCUUGAAGUUAGACGCGCGCAUCGUGUGGAAUGACACUGGCAAGCCUGAGCCGCUCUUCCUGCUGCGUGAUGACUGGGGGGGGGGCGACCUGACAAGAGACUACCGCAGGGUGCGGCUUGAGGUCGGGAAGGCCAUCGAGAUCCUGGAGCACAACUUGCUGCCCGAGGGCCGCACCGUCGAGAUGAUGGCGGAGAUGCUGCGCGAGAAGAAUGUCACGAACGUCGACGGGGAGAUCUUCCAGGGCCGCAGCGCCUCCAGCUUCCAGGCCAUCAGCGUCGCGAUGGACAGGGCAGGGAAGAAGGGGGCGAAGGCGAAGGCGAAAGCGAAUUCCGGCCAGACGGCGGCCCCUGGCCACGAGUCCUGCCCAAGAGACAUCGCUGGGAAGGUGCAGUACUGGAAGGAGAAGAACAAUUUGACAGACAUCUUGGCCGAUCAACCCUUGGGGUGCGCAAGGGUCCAGGGGGAUCAAUUACUUUGCAGAUUGCGCAGCAUGCGCAACAUGCCGCAGCAUGCUGGAGACUUCGGCGUGCUGAACGUGCACAUGUCAUUGGUGCACGCCGCCCAUCAGACGAAGGUGUCGAAGCUUGCAACUUUGGGCCCCAGCGAGCUCAAGGAGAACCUGCGUCGGCUCAAGCACGCCAAGGUGCCAAUCCCCGAAGUGAUGCAGAUAGCGCUCACCAACAUGUCCUUGCGCGAGGUCGGCGACCCCGCGAAGCUUGGAGAGUUCAAGGCGACCUUCUGCAAGGACUUCGUGAGCGGCGCCGUGCUCAAGGGCGCUGCGCACGAAGAUGUUGCCAAAGAGUUGGUGCAACAAGUGUUGCCGCUGGUGGAACAAGACCUGAAAGAUGGCAGAGUGCCCGCGGACUUCAGCAGCGACUUCUACGAACUGACAUUGAGUCUGAGGGCGCUUCAAAGCCUUCUCCUGCCCCGGCGUGACGACGACCUCGCUGAACAAGUGGCGGUGUUGAAUGAGUUGGAGCAGUGCGCGCCUCCUGAGCCACCUUCCAGGCAGAGUGAGCCGCAGAGUAUUGGCAUGUUCGUCAGCGCGGCGUUGCUGACGGCGCCGUUCGACCAGAAGAAAGCCGAGGAGUUGCGGCGCUACGGCGCCAAGGACAAGAAGCACAAGGAUGAGGCAAACAACCUGUCUGAUGAGUUUGGGGCGUACGUAAACCUCGGUGUCGACGGACUCGCCUCGAAAUUCUCUGACGUGACCCGCCACCUGCAGCUCUUCAUGGAGAAGGAGGCCCCCCUUUGGAAAGCGGUGAUGCGCCCUGGUGUCAUGGGCGAGGCCUGCGGGAAAGCCAAGAAGGUGCUUGGGGCAAUAGUCCAGGGGCUGUCCCACAACGAAUUCUCUACAGACGUUGUUUCCGCCGAACACCUUGCGAGCAUCCGCGAGUCCGUGACCCUCGCGACUAAGGUGUGCGUGAUGGACGACGAUGCACAGGCGAUGGCAACCAAGAUAGACUAUGUGAUCGCAGCUUCGACUUCUAAGGCCCGCAUCGAUGUCUUGAAACAAGCCUUCAAUGAUAUUGACACCUUGCCGUUGGCAGAAGACGGAGUGAUUGCAGACGAUGCCCCCUACUUGAAGCUGGCGUCGGCAUGCAACAACAUGGCGGGCAUCAAGCUCCCCGAGGAGGUGAACACAUAUGUCAUCAAGUGUGCCAGCACCAUCACCAAGCGAGCGUUCAAGGCAUAUUGCAACCAGAUUGGAGGGGAUGCUGCGCUGGCUGAUGCCCUUUCUGCCCUGGCGGUGAUCUCCUCAAGCAGCCAGGACGCCAAGGUGAUCAAAUCUGCCGCCGCCAUGUGCCGUGCUGCGGUGGGCUUCUUCGAUCGGUUCAAGGACCUCGUCUCCGAAAUGCCCAACGUUGGCGGCGUGCUCCAGGACGUCUCGCGCGCGAGGUCGUGCACGAGAGGCGCCGUCGGCAAGGCAAAUGCGAUGGCGAAGGCGGUGGGUGUCUUCAAUGACUUCUGCGACGACCUGGCCUGCAAGUGCGAGCACUUGGCUUUCGCCGACCAGUUCAAGAAUAUGCAGCAGAGGAUUUCGGACAGCGUGAUGGUCGUGGUCGGUUACGACGAGAAGAAGCUCAAAGAGGCGGCCGAUGCGACCGAGCCGUGUUCGCAGGGCGGCCAGGACGACAAGCCUUGGUACGCCGACCUCCCUGACGGCGCCGCCCUGAAGGCCUUGCAGGACCUCGCCAACGACAAGCUCAGCGUCCAGAAUUUCAACAUCAAGGACACCUGGGAGGGAAGGGGCAAUUUUGCGUCCGCCUUCAAGGACCGCGACGCCUACGUGCAAUACGCGGAGGCCGUCGGCCACCGCCUGCACGACGACCUCAUGCAGCAGGUGCUACGAGUGCAGAACAACGUCCAAGUUGUAGAAUUGGAGGGCAGGGCGAUGCACCUGCUCAAGACGGCGUCGGGCAAGAAGCAGCUCCAAGCCGACAUGGUGAAGCUCAAGGAGAAGUUCGCCGACGUCGGCGGCUUCGAGAGGGCGCGCGCGCUCCUGAGGGGGCGGUGCGAGAAGGCGCUGGCCUUCCAGUAA